CACAAACAGCACCGCAGAUUCGCUCCAGUGGCUUUGGUCGGAAUUUACCGGUGUGAAUUAAACAGUGUUGUUUAUUUAGUCGGUCGACUACAUCGCUGUAUUUAUUUAUUUUUUUACAACUUGUUACCGGUUUAAUUUAUCACCAGUAUCGUUUGUAAUUCGACGCCACUUUGUGAUGAAAUGUCUCAGUCGGAAACGGCUGUUCCUUCGCCAGAGCUGCGCGAGAGCCUGCAGGUGUCCAGUCUGACGCUGCUUGUCCUCGUGCUCAUUCCCUGUGUAGUUUUACUGCUGCUGUUAAACUGCCUGUUGCUAGGAUACAAACUGCUUCAGUUUGCGAGGGGAAAGAGAGCGCGCUACGGUUGUGAGAGCGUGCUCUUGAAUUCGUCAUCGUCGCUGUCCACGCGCCAGAGAAUCGCACGUUUUAACGACGACGCAUCGUACGGCCCGGUACGGAAAACGAAAUACGCGUCCGUGUCAGAGCCGAUGUUGGCGCCGCCGAUCACGUCGUCACUCACUUCAUCUGCAGAGCGGAGGGCUGCGUGCGGCCAGCGCUGCAGGUCGGAGGCGCUCGCGCGACCGGACGGGGCUACCUAUGCAGGUACGGGGUCGCUCCGCGUGCCAAGCACGUUACUGGGAGCCAGUGGAUCACGCGGGUCGCGCGCUUGGCGAAGGAGCGCGCCGGUGAUCUUACAGUCCAGCGACUCGGAAAUAGAGCGCGAGAACGUUGCACCACCAAAUUCUCCAGAGCAGCUCGUGACGCAGAUCAGGCAUGGUUCAUCGCCUCUGAUGAUGCGCAGGAGUCGCACAGUGGAGCUGGAACUGGUCUCCCUCGAUAAGGUCCAUCUGGAAGGGGAACUCAUCAGCAGCAUCCCACAGGAGACCUCGUGCUUCAUAGCAUCCACAAGCACCUCAGCUGCUGGGCCUGGCCUGGACAGUGACUUCGGUGCCAGUGCAGGUGUGUCUUUGCGUAUCCUGUCGGCGGACAGCGACGGUUUUCCAGGGGCAACCUGGGCAUCUGGUCUCGAAUGGGAUUAUUAUGACCCUAGCUACGUCACGCAGAACCACGUUCCCAAACACAGACACCAUGCACCGCCCAUCACAACCAAACAGUACUGGGUCUAAUAUGCAUCGUUUUCCAGCUUGUAGACAAAGAACUCUAUAGUUUUAAACUCCAUGAAACACAGAAACUCAACACCUUAUCCACAUGUAUACUUGCACAGUUCACUUUCUUAAACUGCAGGAUGUUUUUUGCUUGUUUGUUUAAUAGAAUCAACCACUUGUUCAUGUGUUUACUCACAUUUAUUAUGCACUUGUCUUCCACUGUAUGCACUCAUAUUGUAUGUUAUUGGUUUAUGUCUUUUGUCAUUCUUCAAGCUCCUGUAGUUUUGGCUCUUCAUGCACAUUUAACACCAGCA